AGAGAGAGAGAGAGAACACCAAAGGUGGACUUCAGGCCUCCAUAUAUGAGGGCAUGUGUGUUCCUUCCACAGAUGUAUACACAGAUAUCCUGCACAGAUAAUGCUCCACUAAAAGAUGACAUAGUUCACCAAGACACUCCCUGGGACAGAAUCCCAGUGGAAGACCAGGGAUUUCUGUUUUUCAUUUAUUGCUGUUUUCUAGCGCCGUCAGUGGUGCCCAGUUCUCUGUAAGCCACACUGGGUGUUUGUUGAGUGAGUGCCUGAGUGACAGCAAUAUCCAUCUUGCUUUGGAAGGGGCCAAGCAGGAGACCUGCUCUGCAGGAGACCCUCCAAAGUCAAAGGUUGCUUCGGUCAUUGUGUUAGAUGCCAAGGUUAGCCAAGGCGUUGGGAACAAGUUCCCUUUUCCAAAUUGUUCUUUUGGUCUAGCCUUCCAUCUCUUCAUUUUCACAACUGCUCAUUAAGAUAGCAGCUUCAGUUAGGCAAUAUUUGCUGCUUAGCAAACACUGGAACCUGUGAGUAAAGGAAGAGGUGAGAGUGUCUGACCCUACCCAUAAAAUCUAUCCAGUCACUUUGAAAGCCGCCAGCCCUAGAAUGCCCCAGGCUUGCCAAGGGAUGGGGGAACUUUAAUCUGAGUGUCUUUAUAAGAGGCCAUACCCUGGUCUGGAUUCCAUUGGUUGCCACUUCCUGUAUUGUAUUUUGGUUGUAGACUGAGGCUCACCACACAUAGUACUUUGUUUAUUAAGUGUCUGACUCUCAUAAAACCGGCUUCCUUGGGGUGGAAGCAGCCCUGCUAGCAGGAGAUUGCCUAUCUGGAAAUGGGUUGGUAGCCCCUAAGCAGAGGAGCCCACCUCAAAGCUCUAUGCACACUGAAAGGGCCUCAUCUCCAGCUAGUCUGUUUGCAAAGGAAAUGACCUGGUUACUCAAUUACAGAUAGAAACAGGCUGGCCACUGCUCUUCCUGGGAGGGGAAGUGAUCAGAUAAAUACCUUUGGCAAGGACUGGAACACUGUGAUGGACAGAGAGACUGCUUGCCCGCCGCCCUGAGGUCCACCGAAAGCAGUGGUUCUCGCUAUAGGGCAAUUUUGACCCUUGGGGAUUUUUGUCUAAGUCUAGAGACAUUUUUGGUUGUCUUAACUGGAGGCAGCUACCAGGCCUGUAUUGCUCAGCAUCCUACAAUGCACAGGACCCCAAAUCCAAAACCUCUCUGGCUCCACAAGGCAGUGAACAGGUUGAGAGUCAGACCUGAGGAAGUUAGCCCAGCUCCAAGCGAACGUCUUUGCUAGAGAAGGAGAAUCUUCUGUACUGCCUUCCAGGCCCAAUAGAAAUAACUGUCACCAACCAUCUCUUCCUGUUUUCUUUUUUCCUUUCUCUUUUCCUUCCAUCUCUUUCUUCUUUCCUAAUCUUCCUACUUUGGGCUCCUAAGUGCUGGGAUAACAGGUGUGGGCCACUAUGUCUGGCUCUGUCUCAUUCUUGCAUGAAGAGUUGGUGAAGGGUAUUUGUGUUUGUGUGUCUGAUUUAUCUCUCUGAGCAUGGUGAGAGGAUAGAGGACAGCACUGGGGGGAUUCUUCAGUUGGUGGAACAAUCUUGAGAAUCUGAGUUUGAUCCCAAGAACCCAUGUUUAAAAAAAGCUGGACUUGAUGGUACAUGCUUGUAUUCGUGGGGUGAGGGGUAGAGACAAGUGGAUUUCUGGCCAGCAAGCCCAGCCUAUUUGUUAAGCUCCCGACCACAAAGGAAUCCUGUCUCAAAAAGCAAGGUAGAAAACAAAUGAAGAAUGACAGAUGAGUUGUUCUCUAUCUGCAAAUGAGCAUGCAUCUGCACACGCACGCGCGCGUGCGCGCGCGCGCGCACACACGUUCUGAUCUAGCCUACGAUUCUUCCCAAGUAAACUUUCACUAGCAGAAGAGAGUCCUGGGGUUUGAACCUAGCUGAGACAUUAGGGAACACACGGAGUACUUUCACUAGCAGAAGAGAGUCCUGGGGUUUGAACCAGCUGAGACAUUAGGGAACACACGGAGUACACUCUGUUUUACUCCAUCCUCUGAAAGAGGAAUGCUAUCACCAAGGGUGGGAAAGAUCCAGGAAUUUGUUCAUCAUGAUGUGCUGACUAAACACAACUGGUGCUGGCAUUUUGGGUAGAUACGGGACUCAGCAAGAAGCCCAGACUGUACCCUUUCUGACUCCUGGGCAUUUCAACUAACUUGGUGGUGACUCUAUUUCCAUCUGUGGAAACAAAGGCCAUUAGAGUUCAUUAUGUGUAGGAAACUUUGACAAUGCUGUGACAUCCCGAUUUGUCCCUUUAAGUCUUGCCCUUUGUAAAGUUUCUCUUCUGUUCUGAUGUGCACCAGAACCACCUGGCACCUUUCUAAUACUUUAGAAUUGGGGUAGAAUUGCUAUGACCCUUCUCUGCCCAGGCGAUUCUAAUCUGCAGGGUCUGGAGGCUUUGCUGAAGAGCACUAUUGACUUUAGAUCCCCUGGGUAGAACUGUUCUUGGCUUAAUCUAUUGAAUUGUUCUAGAAAAGGAUGCUGGCUCUUCAUUGUACUGUCCUUCCAGAUGGGACCUUCACUAUCCCUCAGGAUGUGGUCUUUCUGCUCUGGAUAUUUCUCUAAAGGCUUUCAUCCUGGGCUGGGCACACAGCCCAGUGGGUCAAGUGUCUGCCAGCAUCAGUACCUCAUUUCAGUUCCCAGAACCCACAUAUAAAAGCCAGGUGUGAUAGUAUGUGCCCAUGCCUGUAAUUCCAGUCGUGGGGAGAUGGAGACAAGCAGAUAACUAGGGGUCACUGGCCAGCCAGCCUGAGUUACUCAGUGAAUUCCAGGCCAAUAAGAAACUCUGUCCUAAGGAAUGGCACCAGAGGUUGUCCUCUAACCUCCCUCCACGUGAAUGUACACACAUAUGCGAACACACAUGAGUGAACACACACACACACACACUCACAAUGCCACAAAGCCUUUAUGUUAUGACCUGUUUUCAUCCACCGUGCAUCUUAAAGAGUUAGAGUUCUAGGACGUUCUAGGAAGCAGGAAUGCAACUUCAUGGCUCUGCACUGACUGGAAAGCAGACAGUAGCAAACACAGAUGUAGGGUGUACAUCUAAUGAUGUGAUUCGGGAUGUAGUGUUAGCACAUCCCUGUAAUCCCAGCACUUGGGCGUUUGAGGCUAGACUGGGCUAUAUAGCAAGACUGUCUCAAAACAAGACUGUAGAUGACUCUCUUCAUGAGGGUAACUGGAACGACUUACUCAUGCCUGGGAAGGAACUGAGGAACAUCUCAACAUACUCUUCAUGGUUCUCUUCUUUUGCCUGUUUUCUGUUUAUUUAGUUAAGAAGCAAAUCUUGCCACACUAAAAUGACAUGGUUACUUGGUUCUCCCAAACGAGCACCAUAAAUGCGGGGGCUCAGUAUACUCUGUGGCUGGUAUUGAUUCGGCAUAGCUUAAAUUUAAAAACUGAUGUUUAGAUAAAAAUCUGAGUUCUUUGCCUUUCCUGAACAUGUAUAGGCUCUGCCUGCCCUGGGCUUUCUUUCUGGAUGACAGUAGUCACCAGCAUUUGUCUCUUUUUUUUUUCAUUGGGGGCCCUGUAUAGUCAAAUUUCCCAGUUCGGACUUCUUCAAGAACAUUAUCCACCUGAACGAACUCUGUAGUUUGUGCUGCCAGUGUUACCUGUAAUAUGUUGGACACAGAACACUGACCCCUAGUUAUCCCUAGGGAUGUGACGCCUCUUCUCCAUAUAUAUGAAACCCUAAUUCUGUUUCUUUUUCCACUGAAGACCACUUAACCUUGGGAUGUAGAUCGUGUGUGCUUCCCCUAAGGCUCCUCCUUCCUCUGUCCCUACACUGUGAGAUGCUCCAGGCAUCCUUCUCCAUUCUGCAGAACAAACCAGCUCCUCAUGAAGCCCUCUUUUCUUUAUUGGAGAAAGGUACUGCGAAAGUAAGUUUGGGGUGCUGGGCGUGUUCACUGAUACAAGAAUGUUGUUGCUUCUCACCUGCACCAGUGGACAGAGCUAGGAAGUGUGUUUGCAUAUCAGCUCUCCUGUGUCCAUACAUCUGGGAUGGUUUCUGUAUUUAUUUAUCUUGGGUCUGUCAAUUUUAAGAAGAGUGUCCACAUGAAUACCUUCCAUUCCGAUCUAAUACCACAGGACUGAGCCUUUGGCAAAUCAGAUUUGGAUGUUUGUAAAGCUUUUUUUUUUUUUUUUUUUUUUUUUUUUAAUAAUAGGUCAAGAAUACCUCCAGGGGAGGGUAGACGGAAAUGAGGAAGCUUCCCUUGAUAGUUAUUCUGUAGACAUUAUUUAAACAACAACAAACAAUCCCAUGUUCAGUUGUUCUAAUCAAUAAAAAUGUUGGCUCGUCCAUCCCCCAUCCUCCUAAACUCUUCUUGGAACACAGGGCCUCCUGUUCCUGAAGGUGGGCAGACCUGCCUGCUGCUCUUCCACAAACACAUUCUGUCUCCAGCCUUCUCACAAUGCCUAUUGUAAUGCUGAGCUGGCACUUGUGUCUCGGAAACAUAAGCCAAGGCACUUCUCUGAGAUUACCAUCAGAACUUUGCUCUACAUGCAAAAUCUUAUUUUGAAUUCAGAUACACAAUUACUCACCCUGACUUAAUUACACUGCCUUAGGAUAGUAUUAAAACAAUGGUUUUAAUUAUUUUUGGGGGGUUUACAACAGUAACCUGUUGUCUUGUCAGGAAGGUGAGCUGCCCAUCUUUUGAGAAUUUCAGAUAAAAAGCCACCAUGGUCUGGGGUUGGGGGGUGAGCCUGUGGUUUCGUCUUGUUUAUGCAGGAAGCAACCUUACCUGGAUGCUGGCCCUCUGCCCCUCAUUAUGCUGGAUAUAAACCUCAUCGUGCUUAAGAUGUGUCUCUACCAACUGUUUAGAGAAGUAAAGAGGGCUGGAUGGCUCCUGGGUGCUGGAGGUGUGGCCCUUUGGUGGUUUGGAAAACAUUUUGAGUUUUAAACAGCAACACCUAUAAUUAUGGAGGCGUCAUCCCUUCCAUAAAAAAGAAAACAAAACAAAGACAGCAAAGCCCUUCUGCUAACAAGGUGUAGUCAUAGCAUGUAUGUGCUCACCCUUCCCAAAGCCCGCCUGGCAUUUGUUUCAGGCCCGGUGGGGGCUAUCUGCCAUCUUUCUCUGGGCUCUCAUAAAACAAUACAAAGGUAAACAAUCGGAGGGCAAUUAGCAGGCUCUUCGGGGUAACAGGAGAGAGAAGUCACCCUGUUAUUAAUGUCAAAGGAAUUAAUCAUGGUUUACAUAGGUGAUUUAGUAGCUUAACUUUGCAAGUGGCUGAAAAACAAGAAACCAACCAAGAGUUUUACCAAAGAAGCUUGUGUGGAGAAUUAGGCAGGGCACAGAGAGCUAGCUGUUGAGAUGUGAGCUGUUCUAAAAGACGUGAGCUAUUAUCACAUGUGAGUCCUCUGCUUGAAUCAGCAUGGGGCUCAGUUUAAAAAUGAAGCUUUUGGUUCUGUCUGUUGAAGGUGGCCUCUGAGAUCCUGCUUUGCCCUCUACUCAGCAGCUUUGUCAAUGUAGCCCAGGCUGGCCUCCAACUCAGAAUCCUUCCGUCUUGUCCUCUUGGUUGUGAGGUUACAAAUGUGAGCCACCAGGCCUUUCACCUUCCCUGUUUGCCAGACUAGAGGUGGGUGUGCUCCGUGACCACUCACAGCUGUUUGUUUUGUUUUCCCAGGGGCUUUUUCAUUCUCUGCCUCCCCAUCACUGGGGCUAUCCUGCUGCCUCACUGGGGCUAUCCUGCUGCUGCCGGGCCUGGCUUUUUACGUGGAUGCUGGACCUUGAACUCGGUUUCCCAUGCUUGCACAGCAGGAAGUUUCCUGACUGAAGCAUCUCCCUAGCCUCCUCAGCAUUUAAACCCACACACUGAGAACACUUUUUGGUUUAUUUUAAAUUAUGUGCAUGUGUGUAUAUAAUUGUACAUAUGAAUGCAGUGCCAAUGGAGGCCAUAAGAGGGCAUCAGAUCCUCUGAAGUUGGAGUUACAGGCAGUUGUCAGUUGCCUAAAGGGGGCGCUGGGGACCAAAGUGGGAUCCUCUGCCUGAGUAGCAAGUGCUCAGCUGCUGCACCUGAGUCUGAUCCCAGAACACAUUAAACAAACAAACAAACAAACAAACAAACAACAAGCCAGGACUAUGGCUGGGGACACAACUCAGUGCUUUCUCAGCAAGAACCAGGACUUGAUCUCAAAUUCCUAAUACCUACACAAAGAGCUGACCAUGCCUGUGCCCCAGCAUAGGGGGUAGAGACAGACAGAUCUGGAGAGCUGAUUAGACAGCCACCCUAACUGAAGCAGGGGUGGGGUUUGUGGGGAUGAGGUUGGCUUCCGAAUCAAUGAGAAAAUGUGUUUAAAGGCAGUAAGGCAGUGUUAGAGGGAGACACCCAACUCUAUCUUCCACAAGGAUGGACACGAGCCUGUCCACGUACACUCAGAUCCAUGCACCAGAUCUGUACCCUCUCCUACUAAGCGGGGUAUGAUGGUACACACUUAAAAUCUCAGGUGGAUUCUUUAGCUUAGUCUGUAUGUGGUGAUCGGAAGGUCAAGAUAGACCCUACUUCAGAAAUCAAGGUGGCUAGCUUCUGAGGAAUACCUCAGUGUGCAUGUACACACACACACACACACACACACACACAUUUAGGAACCCGUGAAAAGCUGAGCCUUUUUGGCCAGCUUUUGAGGAACACCUUUGUGAAGCAGAGUCCGUCAUGUUCUGUGACUCAGCUUCUCUCCAAGGGCCCCAAACUGUCUCUCUUUGCCUAAUAAUUCUAUAUCUUGUAAAAUGAGCGCUCACUCUGCUACUGCUGGCCUAUAUGAACUGUCAGGGACGUCAAGGCUCAGACAGUGGCUCCUCUGUUUACUUCCAGUGAGGCACAUGCUGACCACGAGCCAGUUUCAUCUCGGAAGGAAAGAGUUUGAACUUCCAGUUGUAAGAGCAGUCCAUAUGGGUGUCAUGUCCUCUCUGCCCUUCUCUCCUCUAGGCUGUUUAUUCACACUGAGAGAAAGGCUGAGGAGGCUAGACUCGACUUACGGUGGUCUCACUUUCGCCACCACAGUGGGUGUUUGUGGAGUGCCAGACCACCUGCUUACGAUACAAUGACUUCAUACUUUGAUUGGGUGGGGCUGUCAGGAAGAAAGGCACGAAGUCCGGCCACCUGGCUUCUAACCCUGGUUAGACCACUGACAGUUAUUUGGCCUUGUCGAAAGGUUUCCACGCUCCAGCCUCACCUUUUCACCUGCAGUUGGUGGUGCAGGGACGUACACACCCUUUUCCCACUGCGGGAGUGUUAACAUCAACUUGCAUAGCAUACUGACAACCAUAUUCCCUUCCAGUCACUGUCCCAUCCUUCAAAUUGUCAAAAGGGGUGGGGCCGGGCUUUCAGUCAUGACAGCUCCACACUCUUGUCACAUAUUUUCUUUUGAAGUUCACUUUUAAUUUUUCUUUUGAAAUGCUCACAAAGAGCAAUUGGUGACUUGCUCUCUCUCUCCACUGUGCUUGUGUUUAACUGAGGAGGGGAGAUCUGGCUUUCCCACGUAACAUAACAGGAAAAAUAAAAGAGUUGAAGUAAAUGAAAAUAUUUAGGACAGUUAGUGUAGUAACUGUACUCCCGUGAACAUAGUAUGCUAUUCGAGAAUUAGAACAAAUCCAGGAACGCACAACCACCAAAUCUUGUGAUUUUAUUAACUCUAAACUUACCAGAACAUUCAGCAUCUCAUAGGUGGCAAACAUCCAGUCUCCUUCCCUUCCCCAAGCUGUGGGGAUGUGCACUGGCGCAGCACUUGGAGAAUGAAGUUCACAUUUGAUGUUUAUUUUAAUAGUACAUGGCAGGACCGGGACACAUGCUGAUGCCUCUAGGGAAAUACUGGCUUUGGUUAACUUUAAUUAGCUAAUUGUGCACCCCCCCCCCCACACACACACACUACUUAAUAUAUACGGAAAUGAGGACAAGCUCCUUCGCCUUGGUGUAAUUAAAACUAGAAUGAUGUCAGCAGCAGGUUUAAAAAGGGGAUUUCUAUUUGUUUUAUCACCAAAAGGUGGCGUCCUACCCCCAUGCCCUUUUUUUCAAACACACACACACACACACACACACACACACAUGCACGCACGCACGCACCAUUCCUUGCUUUAAAGAGAAACUUCUAGUAGAUUAUUGAUAAAGAAAUUAAAAGCCUGUUCCCUGUGAACAUGGUGGCAGUGUUGAAAAUGGACAGUGUCUCGAGCCAGAGUGAAGUGUCUCUGUAACGUAAACCAAAUGGGUGUGGGGUUCUCCAGUAAGCUUGCACAUCAGACACUAUCAUAGCCCAAGCCAGUGCCAUAGAUCCUGGGAUUUACAGCCAGCCUUCCCUUUUGUCUUUAAAUCAUAUUGCCAAUCUGUCUGUAGCCUCUUCUUGGUGAAGGUAGAAUUUAAGACAGUUAAAAUUCAGACCAAGAUCAGUAGCAAGCUAAGAAUUUCAUUGUUGGUUCAUAGUUAUAGCUGGGGACAAAAAGAAAAAAAUAAAACAGAAAAACACAAAUUAUAGCUGAAUCUGGUAAAGAAGAUCACAGUAGGAAUAGUGCUUCACAGACUAUGCACAGAGAUGUCACAUUUAAAUAAAGUGCUAUUUCCCAGAGUUACAACUGUACAACCAGCUACAUACCAUAUCUAAGUUAUAUUUGGCAGGGCCAUCAUAGAAAUUAAAAACAAUGUAUUUUUCUCCAAGGACUGGCUACACUGUAGAUUCUUAUUUAAUUCUAUGUGACUCCAAAUAUGGACUUUCCAGUGAUGUCUGAGGUUUUGUAACACUAUCAACCAACUUGACAGAAACCUUUAUAUCAGAGCCUAGGCCGUAGCAAACAUUCAAUAAAUAGUAGAUGUUAUUACUGUCAGCAGUGGCCUGGGAGAGGCGCGGUAGCCGGAACUAACUUUGUAUAUUUUAAAGAACUCACUAGAUGGUCUGAAAUAUUAUAGAAUACAUAUUAAUGUCUUAACCAAAAAAAAAAAAAAACCCACGAACCUUUUACAGGACCUAAAAUAUAUUUCAUGUACACAGAUUCUAGUAUAAAAAAUGGGAUGCCCGGUCUUGUUUGCCUGGCAUCGAGUAUUUUAUAGCAUGAAUUCUGCCAGGCCAUAUACCUUAGUGUGCACUACCUUCUCUAGCUUUAUUCUGCAACAGCAGUGUUGUUGUUAAUUAUUUUACUUUCUAAGCAUGAUAGAAAUUUAAAUGGUAGUCUCACAUUCUCAUUUCAAUUUAGAUUUAAACUCUGCAAAUGAACGUUUAAUAAUAUUUGUUGAAAAACAUUAUCCAAGAGAAUCUAUUAUAAUCUAUCCAGGGUAUUAUUUACAUCCGUGCUCGUCUGAAGAUGCCAAUGGCAGUAGGCACGCCCCAGUUCCCUUAGUGCUUUGGGGAAAACCAUAGGGUGAUUUUCAGAAUAUUCUCAUAAAGAAUUAGCUUAGUAGACAUACUAGCCAGUCAGUGGCUGGAAACCCUGGCUUGGGAGUUUGGCAGCCUCUGGGAUGAUGGGUAUAAAGAAAUAAUUCCUGGUCACUAGAAGCCACAGAGGUACUAUACCUAAGUCCCGUGUUGGAAACACCAAAAACCAAACCAAACCAACAAACAAACAGCUUCCCCGUAUAUGUUGAUGAAAGUGGGUUUUUUUGUCUUAUGUAUUUUUAUUUAUAGCUCACAAAAUAUUUCAUCCGGGCACCUUGGAUACCUUAUUUACAUACUCAGACAAACUUCAGAACAGCAAAAAAGAAAAAAAGAAUCUCACCUUCCCAAAGAAUUGCACAAAGCUUUUUUUUUUUUUUUUGCUCACGUGACUGAUGUUCUUGAGAGCAGGUAAUUUGUGUUAAACAAGUGAUUGACAUGCUAGCCCCCGGGUGUUUUCUUAAGAGGAGCUGUGGAGAAAACAGUUCUCCUUUGCAGCCACUUUCCCCCCUACCCCCCCCCCCAUCCCCCAAGCGGACCUGGCGACAGGGAUAACAUUCCUGCAGGGGCUGACAAGGCCCGAGGGAGUAAGUUCUUGCUCCCAUCACUCUCUCCCGAUUCCGCGACGCAGGGGAAAAUCCCCCUGGCUGGAGGGGUUUCUGUUUCCUUGCAAUCAGGGGUUUGUCCUUCAGCUGAACUUUCACCUUCCGAACUCGCCUUCUUUCAUUGGACAAAGUGCAGAAAGAAAGGGGAGAGACCGAGGGAGGACCCGGGAGCAGGCGCCGGGCUGGAACGCCGCCCCUGCCGCCCUCCGCUCCAACUGUCACCCAGGCGAAGCACUUUCACUUUUAACUGGAGGAAACUCUAUCCCUGCCUAUCCUCUUCCCUCCUGGAUUUUCUUAGCUCAGAACCUAGCGAAUCGUCUCGGCUUUCCCUUCUACGUCCUAGUUGCUGCCACUCUUGAUCUCCAUUUCCCAGGCUCUGAAAUGGGACCCUCUCCCCGUCUUCUGAGAGGACCCCUCCAGCCCAGGCCCCUCAUUUCCCAGCUUUUCUCCUCCAGGCUCCUUCUGCCUAGGAACUGUUGUGGCGUUUCCCUCCCGGGUCUUGGGGUUCUGUCUCCCUCUCCUCCUCUUCCCCUCCCCAUGUCCCUCACUUGGCAAUUGCGAUUUUUUUCACCCUCCCCCCCCCGCCCCCCGCGAGCUCUGUUGUUUACCCAGCAGGUGGAUGUGACGUCAGGGACGCACAACAGCAAAAAAUAACAACAUCUCCCUCCGCGACGCGAUGGCCUCUCUUGCGCGCCUUAUUUAUUUAUUUGUUCCGGGAUGCGGGGGGAAGGGGGCAGGCGACCCAAGGGCGCCGCAUCGGGGUGCAGAUCGCGCUCGGCGGGUCACAGGGGCUUUGAGAGCGCGGACAGCGGGGCUUGGGGCCGGCGAGGGGCCGGGGCGGGUUGGGGGCGCCUCGCGGCCGGCGGCGCUGGCGCGGCUCCGGAACGAGUCCCGAGCGGAGGAAUCUAUUGUUAUUUAUUGUGUGGCAGCUGCACGCUGUGCUCGCGGCCCGGCCCUCGCCCGCGAGUGCGUGUGUGCGCGCGUGUGCGUGUGUGAGCGGGGGGCGCGCGCGGGCGGGAGUGGGCGCGCGCGGGGAAAGGCCCCGAAAACACCUUAGUUUGCACCGAGAGACCAUUUGCCGCGGGUGAGUUCGUAUUUUUCCAUUUCUGCUCCACUUUUUUUUUCCCCAAGCCGCCUCCUGCCUUGUUUCCGCCACUUUAAACAACAACAACAACCAGCACAAAAAAAAAAAAAAAAAAGGGAAAAGAAAAAGAAAAAGAAAAAAGAAAAAAAUUCCUACUUUUAAUCUCCACGCUCCACGUGCAUCUCCCCCAACCCUCUAUCCUCCACUCGCUCCGGAGUCGGGGCCCAGGCUCUGCGUGGGUGGGGGCCGCGCGCGGCGCCGGGCUGGAGGAAGCGCGGGAGGCUCCCGCACCCUUGGGUCUAUUUGCAUAAGUCACUGUGGGGUGCGGUGGUGGCCUCACAGACCAACUCGCCUUUCCCUCAGCUCCUCACGCCUCUCUGCACUCGCUUGAGUCGCUCGGGUAGAGCGAUCAAUAAGCCCAGGCCGCCUGUCGCAACUUUGAGUGCCCAGUGUCAGCGUUUGGUGGCCGCCUGGUGCGGGUACGCGGGACCCGGCCGCGGUAGGCGGGGGCGUGUGGCAUCAUCUCCUGAGCUCAAAGUUUGAACUUAGAGCAAACUUUUCCCCUGCUAUCCAAGGGUGCGUGCCCCUUCUGUGCCCCCGGGCUGCCCCGAGAACGCUGGAGGGCUGAGCAGGGACGCCUGCGCCCUGGGCCCGAAGCUUGGCGACAUCCCUGCAGCCACGCGUGUUUUGGUCCGAACUCAGCGGUGUGGACGCUCUCUAGCUAACCCCUAAGAGCCUGGAAAACUCAAACACACACCCGCACACCCUCUGCCAGACACGCACCCCACGCGGUCGGCCCCCGCUUGUCAGAGACAGAGCCCGCGCCAGCCGUAGCAAGAUCGCGAGUGGGCUUGGGGACAGGGCGCACCGCGAGAACCCUCGGCGCUCGUCCUCUCGAUACCCCCGCCACCUCACACUUUCGCUUCUGACCCCUGCGCCUUUUAAGCUCUUCUCUGCGACACGCGCGUGCCACCGCGCCCCUCCGGCCCUGUCCCGGCCACCGAUGGCUCUCCGUUUCUCGCCUGCGCGCAGCUUUCCUCCCGUGUUCUCGAUAUUCCGUUCCUGUCCCUCGGAGACGUCUCUCCGGAGCCGACCAGACCAGGCGGCGCGCGCUUCGGGUGGGGACCGAGGCGGUGGCGGCGGCGCCGAGAGCCGAGGAGUUUGCCAGCUGCCGCAGGGUCGUGGUCAUCUGCUGCCUCCGCCUCCUCGCGCCCCCGCCUCCCCCCCCUCUCCCCCCACACCCUGCUGCGCUCGGAAACUUUGAUUCCUUGUCCCCCCUCCCCACCUGUUGUGAGCUCCGCCUCAGUCCCGGGAGACUGGCGGUGACACACACGGGCGCCAGGGAGCUCCGCGCCCAGAAACAAAGUCUCAUGCCCCCCCACCCCAGUGUUUGCUUGGAAAUUGCUGCCUGCAGCACCCCCAUUCCCGCGCAGCUCCCGCCCCCUGGGAGCCUAAGGACUAAAUAAACAGUUGUAACUCCAAACCUUGCGCCUGCCACCGCAGCCCUAUCCCACCCCUUUCCACCAGUCCUGCCCCUCCUUUUUUGUUGUUGCAACUUUGUAAGAUCCCGGGAAGGUGCUGAGACUAAGGCUCAGGCCGGGCUCCGGGUUUCCCGAUCCCUGCAGGGAUCCCCCGCGGCGCAUCCUCUUUCCCUAUUCCCUGGAGCUCGGGGGUCCUCUCCUUCUUGCUGCACCUUCUAUCUUUGCUCCUGGCCCCCUCCGCCUAAUCACCUCGUCCCCUUCGAGCCCCCCCCCCCCACAACCUUCACGGAAGGAAGAAUUGCUGAGGGUCGCCCCGGUCUCUUGUCGAUCGCAGACCCCGAAACUUUGCCCCAGGAGGACGGCGCGCGGCGGGCGAGCGGGCGAGCGGGCGAGGGGCAGCGGCGGCGGCGGCGGCGGCGGCGGCGCGGAGAAGCGUGGGGCUGCCGGCGCCUCCUCCCCGGACUCGGUGGCGUCCCAGGAGCUUCUGCUGACUCUCCUGGUUUCCGAGGGAACCCUUUCGGCCAUGGUGAGGGCUGCGCUCCCUUCUCUGCCUUGCGGUCAACCAUGAGCGGAUGGGUGUGAUGCCUGCUAGCCUAAAGGGCUCCUUCUGUGUGCUGCAGUCUUGUGGCGUUCUGCAGGCCCCCUGCCAGUGACCCCAGGCUUUUUAUGGCUGUGAGACUCAUUAAAAGCUCAGGGGUGAGACGUGACCUUUGGAGGUGACUAUAACUGAAGAUUGAAUUACAGAAGCCAAAAAAUUAAAUAAAUAAAAGGUUUUUGAGUCAUGAUGCAAGAAUCUGGGUCUGAGACAAAAAGUAACGGAUCAGCCAUCCAGAACGGGUCCAGCGGUGGCAACCACUUACUAGAGUGCGGGGCACUUCGUGACACUCGGUCCAACGGAGAGGCACCAGCGGUGGACCUGGGGGCAGCCGACCUUGCCCACGUCCAGCAGCAGCAACAGCAGGCCCUGCAGGUGGCAAGGCAGCUCCUCCUUCAGCAGCAGCAACAGCAGCAGCAGCAACAGCAGCAGCAGCAGCAGCAGCAACAGCAGCAACAGCAGCAGCAACAACAGCAGCAGCAGCAACAGCAGCAGCAGCAGCAGCAAGUUAGUGGAUUAAAGUCUCCCAAGAGGAAUGACAAGCAACCAGCUCUUCAGGUUCCCGUGUCAGUGGCUAUGAUGACACCUCAGGUUAUCACUCCUCAACAAAUGCAGCAGAUCCUCCAGCAGCAGGUGCUGAGCCCCCAGCAGCUCCAGGUUCUCCUCCAGCAGCAGCAGGCCCUCAUGCUUCAACAGCAGCAGCUUCAAGAAUUUUAUAAAAAACAACAGGAACAGUUGCAGCUUCAACUUCUCCAACAGCAACAUGCUGGAAAACAGCCGAAAGAGCAGCAGCAGGUGGCUACCCAGCAGUUGGCUUUCCAGCAGCAGCUUCUCCAGAUGCAGCAGCUGCAGCAGCAGCACCUCUUGUCUCUCCAGCGCCAAGGCCUCCUAACAAUUCAGCCGGGGCAGCCUGCCCUUCCCCUCCAACCCCUCGCUCAAGGCAUGAUUCCAACGGAACUGCAGCAGCUCUGGAAAGAAGUGACAAGUGCCCACACUGCAGAGGAAACCACAAGCAGCAACCACAGCAGCCUAGACCUGACCAGCACAUGUGUCUCGUCCUCGGCACCUUCCAAGUCCUCCCUAAUCAUGAACCCGCAUGCCUCUACCAAUGGACAGCUCUCGGUCCACACUCCCAAAAGGGAAAGCUUGUCCCACGAGGAGCACCCCCACAGCCACCCUCUCUAUGGACAUGGCGUAUGCAAGUGGCCAGGCUGUGAGGCGGUUUGUGACGACUUCCCAGCCUUUCUAAAACAUCUCAACAGUGAGCAUGCGCUGGACGAUAGAAGCACAGCUCAAUGUAGAGUACAAAUGCAGGUUGUACAGCAGUUAGAGCUACAGCUUGCAAAAGACAAAGAGCGCCUGCAAGCCAUGAUGACCCACCUGCAUGUGAAGUCUACAGAACCCAAAGCUGCCCCUCAGCCCCUGAAUCUGGUAUCAAGUGUCACCCUCUCCAAGUCUGCCUCAGAGGCUUCUCCACAGAGCUUACCUCAUACUCCAACAACCCCCACCGCCCCCCUGACUCCUGUCACCCAAGGCCCCUCCGUCAUCACCACCACCAGCAUGCACACGGUGGGACCUAUCCGCAGGCGGUACUCAGACAAAUACAACGUGCCCAUUUCUUCAGCAGAUAUUGCGCAGAACCAAGAAUUUUAUAAGAACGCGGAAGUUAGACCACCAUUUACAUAUGCAUCUUUAAUCAGGCAGGCCAUUCUCGAAUCUCCAGAAAAGCAGCUAACACUAAACGAAAUCUAUAACUGGUUCACACGAAUGUUUGCUUACUUCCGACGCAAUGCAGCCACGUGGAAGAAUGCAGUGCGUCAUAAUCUUAGUCUCCACAAGUGUUUUGUGCGAGUAGAGAACGUUAAAGGGGCAGUAUGGACAGUGGAUGAAGUAGAGUUCCAAAAACGGAGGCCACAAAAGAUCAGUGGUAACCCUUCCCUUAUUAAAAACAUGCAGAGCAGCCACGCCUACUGCACACCUCUCAAUGCAGCUUUACAGGCUUCCAUGGCUGAGAAUAGUAUACCUCUGUACACUACCGCUUCCAUGGGAAAUCCCACUCUGGGCAGCCUGGCCAGUGCCAUCCGGGAGGAGCUGAACGGGGCCAUGGAGCACACCAACAGCAACGAGAGUGACAGCAGUCCAGGCAGAUCCCCUAUGCAAGCUGUGCACCCCAUACACGUCAAAGAAGAACCCCUCGACCCCGAGGAAGCUGAAGGCCCUCUGUCCUUAGUGACAACAGCCAACCACAGUCCAGAUUUUGACCAUGACAGAGAUUACGAAGACGAACCAGUAAAUGAGGACAUGGAGUGAACCUCUGGGCGGGCCGACCCCCGAGACCGAAGAUUGGGGAAAAAAAAGCAAAACAAAUUUAAAAAAAAAAUAAAAAAAGAAAGAAAGGAAAAGAAAAGAAACCACGUCAAAAGUUAGCAGUGAAACCCGCCCUCCGUUUCUUGUACAGUCUGGAGGAUUUUCGCUACAUUUUGACAACUCUGAAACGUGUUAACUCUUAGUGCCAUCAAGAAUCCCAUUUGGGAGUAUUUUUGAUUUUUCUACUUUUUGUUGACAAAAGGGAUUUGUACUCUGUGCAUUGGAUGGACCUGUUUGGUACUUGGGAUUUUCCUCUUUGAGUCAACAUCAGUGUUGUAAAUUCGAUAAACGGAUUCACUUUUAGCAGCAGACUUUGAACUGCAGCUUCGCCCGGCUGAUGCUGGGCGGGCGCCGAGGACACCCGACUGAGCUCACGUACCUGCGCUGCAGACCAAGCCUUCGCCCGAGUUCAAGACUCCAGUGGACGACCUUUUUGCACAGCGCUGCAUGUUGAUACCACUGCCUUUACUCACUUUGGUUUGUUUUGUUUUUGUUUUUCGCUUCCAGUUGGGAUGGGGGAAGGCCUUUGUGUGUGUAUUGGGGGGAGGGGUUAAAAAUAAUUAUCCCAAAUUUUUUAAUGUAUUGCUUUUUUUUUUUUCUUUUACUGUUUUUUUUUCUUUCUUUCUUUUUUUUUUUGGCUUCUUUACCAUUUUAAGUUCUGACCUCAGGCCUCCAUUUGGGCCCAGGGCCUCUUGGAGGCUUCGCGUUUUCUGUACCUUGUGAUGAAUGUUAAUAGGCGUUUUUAUUAUACAGAGCUGAAUGUCAUUUCUCGUCUGUAGUUUUCUGGCACUCAUUCCAUUUUCCUAUAGACAUCACCAUGUUUCUCUCAAGUUUAAAACAAAACAAAACAAAACAUUCCGUUUUGGUCUUUUUCCAAAAAAAAAAAAAGAGAAAAGAAAAGAAAAAAAAAGAUCCCAAAGGCUGCACCUUACACCUGAAGGUCCCCACACGGGGACAUGACAUCCUGCCAGUAAGAGAAUGAAUGACAGAAAAGGAAAGAGAGAAACGCACGCGCGCACACUCUAGGGACAUGGCAGAUUCAUUUCACAAAAACAGUAUUGGGGGUGGGAUGGGGGACUGUUGGAGGUUUUUCUUUUUUUUCUUUUUCAUAGCACCCACCAUUGUGAGUAACUGCCACCACAUUCUCUCAGCAUCAGGAAACACAGCCACGAAAGAAACAGAAGAGAAUAAACAAUCCUCAAUAGUUAGACUGUCACAGUGGCCAUGGAAGAUCUUCCCUCCUAUAAUCAGGUGACCAGGACCACAGGCCCUGUGCCAUCCUCACCCGCACAGGUUGCUCUGUUUGCAAAAUGACCAAAAAGCCAGCAUGGUGACAGGGCUAAGUUUGUACAGUAGUUCAGACCUGCUCGGUGGCAUUCAUCUGUUUUAAUGCAAAUGAGACUUCACAUUGAACUUGUUAUGGGAGUUAAUGAGGACUGAGCUCAGCAGACGCUAAUGUGUCAGGUUCCAGUGUGCUAAGUCGGUACUGCAGCUUGGUCUGCAAUGUGAGCACCACACCCACCACCCCAGUAGCACAGACUUCACGGAAGAGGACACCAGGUAGACAGACCAGGGCCCACAGAAUGAGAUGGCUCUAGGUCAAUAUGCCCUCGGCCCUUCAAACCCCUCCACAUUUCCGUCUGCACCCGCUUCCCUGGCAUGUAUUUAUCUGGGGCUGUAGCUUUUGUUUGGGUUUAGUUUGAGAGCCUUUCGGAGCUUAAUUUAUAUACUUUGUACCUUUUUUUAUUUCUAAAAUUACCAAAGAUAUUACGCAAAGGUAAAUUAUUUUCUUUUAUACUUUAUCUGAUGAAGCCAAAUAUCCUCUUAUUGUUGAUCAAAGGAGGCGAAAGGAUUCAGAGGCAAAUGAUGAGGUCCAGGCUAUUUGCCAACCUGAGGGAAAUUACUGCCCGUCAGCAGAGUUCAUUUAGCAGACUAUGUAGGCAAUGGAACCAAAGUUUUUUACUUUUUUUUUCCUGUUUUUUUUUUUUUUCUCUUUCCUUCUUUUCUCUACCUGUAGAGAGACCAAAACUAACUCCUAUAAGGAGAAAAUCCGGGGCUACUGCAGAGAAAAGAAAUCAAGACAACAGUAUUAUAGCUCCUGUGGAAAGAAUGGGCUAGCAUCUCAAAGAAAAAGAAAUGAAUGUAUGAUGCUGAAAAUUAGUAUAUAAUCGAGGAGACACUUAGGAUGAAUUCAGAGAGAACGGAGAAGUGUCUGGCCGCUCGAGGCCACUUCUAGAAUAAAGAGAUUUUUAGAACAUUCGUACGCCACUUUUGUUUAAGGGCUGUGCUCUGAUCACUGCGUUAAUCUUGGUUUAUCCUGGCAUUUAUCCUCUGGUUUCCUUCUGCUUUUUGUUGAUGUUUUGUUUUAUUUUUUUCCUAUUUCAGAUUAUGAUUUGGUCAGUGUUUUUCAUUUACACACAAAAAAAGCUAACAUUCCCACCCACUCAUAAGCUUAGAGUAGAACACCUUUGGCAAUGACUUCUGAAGGUUUGCUCUGCUUUCUAUAGAGGGGCGGUCUGUGGUUAUUCAUGCCCCCUCCACCACCACCCCACCCAUCUUUUCCAGGCAGCUUCACAGUGUGCAGGCAGUAGCCAGGCCGGGUCAUGGGAAGGGGGCCCUGUGCUUCUAAACUGAGUGGUUGCUGGUUAGAUAUACAAAAGAGGAUAAAACUCUGGUAGGUUAGUUCAUUCUCAGCAUGUGUAGCUAGACAAGAGUAAAGAUAACAGCAUGGGGACUGUUAGUACGCACACCUCAGUUCAAACCUUUAGGGAAUGAGUUUAAAAAAAAAAUUAAAAAUAUACCUUUCACUCAGUCGUACUUAGUCGUAUGUCUUGCAUGCUUAGUCUAAAGACUGUAGCAAAGAAAAUAAAUAAAAGAGAAAAAAUUAGAUUUUAUGUAUCUUUUCAGGUGUCAUAGCCUGGCAGAAGAACCAACUGAAAAAAAAAAAAAAAGUUCUCAGGCUUUACAGCAAGCAAUCUUCACUCUGAUUUUUAGAAUUCUGAUUCUGUCCCUCGGGGGGUUCCCGCUUCGUUUGAAUGGGGUUGAUUCGGUUGUACAUAUAUCCCGAUGUGUCUGUGUGCAUCUUUGUCUUUUGCGGGGGAGGGCCGAGGGGAGGGUUUUUUUGGUUUCGUUUUGUUUUGUUUUGUUUUAAUUAUUUUAUUUUUUAGGUAUUGUUCCUAAAAAGGAAUAAAUGCAUACACCUGUUUGUCAAAACAUCUUUGCUUUUUGUGCAACUGCAUUUUAUUAAUAAUACAUUUAAAAAAAGAAGAGGAAGAAGGAAAAGAAAAUAGUAUCUUUGAGGGAAAAAAGUCUACUGUCUGUAAUGGCUUUGCAGUUAAUGCUGCGUGUGUACUUCAUUUUAUUGCCCUUGAUUUACAAACAUUGGAUGACAUGUUGAUAAUGGGAAGAAAGAAAAACUCCACACACACAUCUCUUUCUUUCCCUCCCCCUCCUCUCUCUCUCAAAUUGUAACAUAGUUGACAAAAUGUGUUUCCUAUCCUCAUUAUUUGGAACAUUUUGUACAGGUUUGUGGAAUGGGGGUGAGAGAGUGAGUGUGUGAGUGAGUGUGUGUUACUGUUUUUGAUACAUUCCUAGUCCUUGUGUUUUAUCAUACCACUGCCUCCUUGACUAUCUUAAGUUCCUAAGUUUGAAAAAAGGAAAAAAAAAAAGUUGUUUAAAAAAAAAAAUGUUCUCUCUUGCUGCAGUCAAUAUUUUUGCAUGAUGAAAUUCCAGGCUCAUACUUUCAAAGUUUUAUGAGUAAAGUAGUGAUUAAUAAUGGGGAGUGUUGAAAUAUUGAACUUUUUGUAUAAAAAAAAUUUUUUUACAAGGUCCCAAGGUGUAAAGACAAUUUGUUACCUUUUUCUUUCUCUUCUUAGUAAAUAUUAGCAAACGUGAGGGAGGUCAGCCUGUGUCAGACACACACAGUCACUGAUGAGGACCCACCCUCCAUGAGCUUAGGGGUCUAUUCAUGUGAGAAGGCUUACAGCCAUCUCAGGGUGAACAGCCUAGGCUUACCUGCAUGGUGACCUAGCUGACAAUCCCCUCCCCACAUCAAAAGACAGUUGAGUUCAUAUUCCUAGCAUCUCAUCAGCCAUAAUAAGAGAAAGCCUUGGUUUAAAAAAAUAAAACAAAAUGAUAGAGCCAAAAGCAUUAUAAAUCACUAGCUCUUUUUAUUUAUUUAUUUUUUUCAGUUACAAUAUUGAAGUCUCUCCUCUCUUUUCCACAUUCUAGCUGAGCUCUCUGUCUCCAAGGGCAUAAAGCAAACUCUGCUAUUUGAAUCUUGUUGGUACCUGUUGGCCAGUGCCAUACCCUCCUGACAGUCUGGAAGUGUUUUGCAACUUGGUUUUCCUUUAUUAUCAUGAGAAGCAAAUGGACAAUUCUAACGGCGUCUUGUGGGUCCACUGUAACUCGAAGCGGUCCCUGCUACCCAGGAGCCUGGGUGGAGACGGUGCGGUCUGGGUUGUGAGUGUGGUGCUCUUUGUAUCUGUGCUGCCGCUAACAGGGAUCGUUUUGUUUUGUUUUGAUAAGACAUAAAAGAAUCUCAUUCCUUGAUAUCAACUGUAAUUCCACCAUUCCAUGUCUGUGGACACAGACAAUAAAAAAAAAUGUUGUGUAGUCAGUAGUAAUUACUGACAUGAGCGCAUUCUUAAAUGCAAUAAAAGUGCUGGUGGUUCACACUGGUAGACAAAGUU